AUGGCUUCCAAGUGGUGGCAAACGAGUGAUGCCGACCUCGACUAUGGAUUUGAUUCUGACGAACUGGAUACCAGAUACGACUCUGAUCGCAACGCCCACCCCUACGAUACGACCGAAACUAGAAAGCCAGAGGAUACAGAGGAGAAGGGCUUGAUUGGAAAUAUGGCCUCUUGGUUCCAGCGUCAGGCUGGUUCGUCUGAAGGCCAACUUGCGACCACCGCUGUCAUAUCCGGCGCAGCUGUUGCAAGUGCUAUCUUCGGAUACCAGUCAUACAAGCGAAAGGAGGCAGUCCAUGACUUGAAAGCUUCAAUCCCGAACAUCGAUGACUCGCAUCCAGCUGGAAAGCUCACUUCUUUCGGAGCCGCCGAAACUGGUGUCCAGCUAAGCAAAGAAGAUGAGCGCGGUGCAGCUUUGGCCCGCAGAGCUCAACAAGGAGAUUACGAUGAUGAUCUGAUUCUCGAACAACUCGCUCGCAAUCGUGUCUUCCUCGGCGAUGAAGGCCUCGCCAAGCUCCGAUCUUCAUUCAUCGUCGUUGUUGGCUGUGGUGGUGUCGGUUCACACGCCGCUGCCUCACUUGCCCGAUCGGGCGUGUCUAAGAUCCGGCUUAUCGAUUUCGACCAAGUCACGCUAUCAUCGCUGAAUCGCCAUGCCCUUGCGACAUUGGCCGACGUGGGAACACCAAAGGUUCAUUGCAUCCGGAGACGAUUGGAACAAAUCGCACCUUGGGUCACAUUCGAUUGUCGCAACGAGCUCUAUGGAAAGAGUGCGUCCGAGGAUCUCCUCGGUCCGUGGUCUUUGACACACGAAGGCGAGGGCCGUCGACCGGACUUCGUUUUGGAUUGUAUCGAUAACAUCGGGUCCAAGGUCGAGCUGCUACACUACUGCCACUCGAACUCCUUGCCUGUGAUCGCGUCGAUGGGUGCGGGAUGCAAGUCAGACCCCACUCGCGUUGUGGUCGGUGAUAUCUCGCUCACCACGGAUGAUCCUCUGUCUCGCCAUACACGCCGUAAGCUGAAGCGCCUUGGCGUUAGCUCUGGGGUUGCAGCCGUUUUCUCAACGGAAAAACCUGGGCCGGGCAAAGCUACCCUGCUCCCUCUUCCCGAGGAUGAAUAUGUCAAGGGUCAAGUCGGUGAACUUAGUGUUCUUCCUGACUUCCGAGCUCGCAUUCUCCCCGUCUUGGGUACUAUGCCUGCGGUGUUUGGGUACACACUAGCCAAUCACGUUAUCUGCACUAUAACUGGCUAUCCACUUGAUUACAACAUGGGUGCUAAGGGCCGCGAGAAGCUCUACGAGACCAUCUUGGGCGGUUUGCUGACCUUGCACGAACGAAUGAUCAAGCAUACCACCGGCCAAGACACGGUGGGACUUCGUCUUCCCAUUAGCAAAGAUGACAUUGGAUUUUUCGUGGAGGAAGUAUUCCGUGGUAAGAGUGCUAUCAGUGGCGUGCCUACCAGAUUGGCUCUUGUUCCUUGGGAAGCCCCCGCCAGCGGAUGGAACAUGGACAUGAGUUUGGCACACGAAGGGCAAAAGACCAUUCCAAUCAGUAUUAAUGAACUAGUCUGUAUGACCAAGGAGGAGGCUGUUAAACACGAGAAUGAGGUUUUGAAGGGUGGCAAGCGGGUGGAAGAUGUAUAUGAUGAGAUUGUGGUGCAGCGCGUAAACCUACGGAGAAAGGAGGCCGAGGAGAUCAUGGCGAGCGAUACUCCCCGCUUCGAGUCCGACCCCGCGGACGACUUCGCUCCAACUACAACUCAUCAUCCCUCCUACUCGAACCAGUAUCAAUAUUCCCGCCCAUUAAUCGAGUCCGCCCGAAACGGAUGGCAAUCAAGACCUCAAACUUAUAAACGCGCUUCGAACGCCCCUUCAGACGACACCAAACCCCCGCAAUGGAUUCAAAUGGCGCAGUCAAUAGCAUCUGCACCGCGAUUCCGGCGCUAUGUCUUAAUAUACCUCUCGGUGUUCAUAUUUGGAUGGAUGGGAUGGCGAUUGUUGCUUUCUCCCCGACUCCAGGAGAGAAAUAUGCUGGUACAUUCGCUUGAUCCGACCUCGAAGACGGUCUCGGUUGGACGGUUCGGAUCGAACUCGAUGCCUCGGUUUGAAGAUUUGAUUCUAAUCCAAACUUUGGAUCCAGAACUGGUACCUACGGAUCUGGCGGGCGAGGAUGCAGGAUCGAAGAAUAAGAAACGAUUGGUUAUCGUGGGUGAUGUACAUGGCUGUAAAGAGGAGUUGGAAAAGCUUCUUAAAAAGGUAGCUUUCGAUCAAAAAGCGGGCGAUCACCUGAUAUUUGUUGGCGAUUUGAUCAACAAAGGCCCAGACAGUAAAGGAGUCGUGGACCUAGCUCGGCAGUAUUCAGCAUCUAGUGUCCGCGGCAAUCACGAGGAUCGCAUUCUUCUCGUUCGACGUGAGAUGGUCAAGACCAAAGCCCUUGCCGAUUCCGAUGACGCAGAAGCUUCAUAUUAUUCACCCAGAGAGCUGAAUGAGCGUGCAAUCGCACGUUCAUUGAGCGACGAGCAAGUCCGGUGGUUGGAGAAUUGCCCGGUCAUUUUGAAUGUCGGCCAGGUCCCAAAUAUGGGCCAAGUCGUCAUCGUUCAUGCAGGACUAGUGCCCGGUAUUGAGCUUGAGAAGCAAGACCCGUCUAGCGUUAUGACCAUGCGGACGAUCGACCUAGAUACGCAUGUGCCCAGCCCGAAGAAAAAGGGCAUGAAUUGGGCCAAGAUGUUCGAUAAGCAUCAAUCAAUACUUUAUUCGAAGUUCGAGUCAACGACGGAGAACCCUCGUACGAAAACCAUGACCGUUGUUUACGGCCAUGAUGCCUCUUCUUCGCUUUCUAUUCGUACAUUUACGAAAGGCCUUGACACUGGCUGUGUGAAAGGAGGCAAGCUGACUGCUUUGGUCAUCGACGAUGGUGGAAAGCAAAAUAUUGUACAAGUAUCAUGUCAUGACUAUCUCAAAGAGUAA